CUACCCUAUUUGUGAGUGCAGAGAAUCGUAGCCCAGACUCCAAAGAAAGAGCAAACCUCAUCCUUUCAGAUUCUUGAGAGAGAGAGAGAGAGAGAGAGUUUGUGGAUCUCACACUUGCAGUUGCAUUAACUACAAGCAACUCGAAAACGAUGAUGAUGAUCGAGUCAGCCAUGGCCGUACGAUUCAACUCCGCCGCCACAAACCUCUGCUCCUCCACCUCCAUGCGCUCUUGUCGUCCGACGUGGAGCUCAGACGAGGUGACCGGAGCCGUACACUGCCGCCUUUCUUGCACCGGCGGGUUCGCCGCGCCGUGGAAUCGAAUUAGACGAUCAAAGAAUGGUUCAGUUGCAAAAAGGGGCAGUUUUGUUAAGAGUGGGAUUCGGGCAUCCGCCGGGCAGUUAGGGCCCGGUUCAGAGCCUGUAAAGCCAAAUGGGAGGCCGCAAUACCACCCAUUUGAGGAUAUUGCCGAGUCCACAUUGGAGGCUAGCGGAGCUGCUAGACUUACAGCCGCAGAAUCUGCUAGAACCCUUAUUGAGGUUAACAGCAAAGCAACACUCAUGUUUACGAGUUUGAUCAAUGACGAGGUUCAUGAAAAUAUUUUAUGUCCGGAUUUGCCUUAUGUAACAGAUGAACAUGGAAAUAUUUACUUUCAAGUGAAGGAUAGUGAAGACACUUUUCAGUCCCUAACUUCAGAAAAUAACUUUGUGCAAGUUAUUAUUGGGUUAGAUGCUAUGGAAAUGAUCAAUGAGAUGGAGUUACCAGGCAUUGAUUUUGAAAGAGAUGGGAUUGAAGAUGAAGAUAGUGAUGUUGAAGAUGAUGACGAUGAUGAGGAGGACGAUGAUGAAGAAGACGUUGACUACGAUUCGGACUGGGUUGCUGUUCUUGAAGAUGAAGACGAAGAUGAUCUGGAUGAUUCUGACAAGUCUAUUGGAGACUGGGCAAAAUUGGAGACUAUGCGUUAUUCUCACCCAAUGUAUUUUGCCAAGAAGCUAAGUGAGGUUGCUUCUGAUGAUCCUGUAGAUUGGGCGGAGCAGGCUCCAGCUAGUUUGGCUAUUCAGGGCCUUAUAAGGCCUGCACUUGUAGAAGAACAUUCUGUCAUCCAAAAGCAUCUGUCUGAUCAUCAGUCUGAUAAUGAUGGCAUAGAUGAAGUUGUGAGGACUGUCGAAGAUGAUUUAGAAGAUCCUGUUACGAUUAAUGGCUAUAAAUCAGGAAAUUCCAAGGAUAGUCCAGACUCGGCAGAGGAAUUGGAGAAUAAGAAAGAUGAAGCACCGGGAAACGGGACUACAUUUUACAAACUGGAGAUGGUUAAAAUUCAGCUGUUUUCAUCACAUGGAAAUCAGACUCUUGUUGAAGUAGAAGACUUUGUAAAAGCUCAACCUGAUUGCAUUGCACACUCGGCAGCUAAAAUUAUAUCUCGUUUGAAAGCUGGUGGAGAAAAGACCACGCAAGCUCUCAAGUCUUUGUGUUGGAGACUAAAGGGUCUUCAAGUGGAGGAGGCAGUACUUAAUGGUGUAGAUUCCCUUGGAUUUGACGUAAGGGUUUGCUCAGGGACACAAGUCCAGACAUUGCGGUUUGCGCUUAAUACGCGGGCGACUUCUGAGUACAGUGCGGAGAGACAACUCAAUGAUCUACUAUUCCCAAGGAUGCAGCACAAACCACAAACGGUGAAACAAACUUAGCAAAUUGAAUGCUAACAUUAUCAACACCGUGAAGUGUCAUCUUCUAGUUUGAUUCCGGCUCGUUUCUUCAUCGUGCCUCCUUGCAGAGAUUUGGAUAUAACAGCUGAAGAGGUUGCCCAAAAUUUACCCGCACAGUCCACCAGGUCGUUGUAUUGUUAAUUUCAAUUAAUGAUUUAUGAAAAUUCUUUUUUUUUUUUCCGAAGCCUUGUGAUUCUUGGCCUCGUAAAUAAUUUUUUGAACUUGCUCAUCUUGCUGCUCGGUCUCAUGCCGUUGAAAUUUGAUUCAGAAGUAACUCCGAACUAGAAACACUGCGAUUUAACAAAGAUAUCGAGAACGUAUUGUAGCAUUUUUUCUGAAUAGUUUUUAUUCUCCUUCCUAGCAA